AUGUCCCUCGCAGUUGCGAGACAGCAGCAGUCAUCAGCAUUCCUGCCAUCCAGUACCAGGGACAGCCCCGAGGACCGCAAGUGGACGAUGCCGCCCAUGUCUACGCCCGGCGUCAAUUCUAGUCGUAGCACGUCACCUUCGGCAUUCUCUAAUGAUAAUCUUUCAUGUAGCUGGAACUCCUGCAAACAAAAGUUUAGCACCCCAGAGUUGCUUUAUGACCACCUUUGUCCCGCUCCCUAUUAUGGUCAGGGUAACCAGCUACAUUGCAACGACACCGUAUCCCCUCACCAAGCUGGACGUCCUGGCAACCAUUACUUUCCCCAGCCCACCUCCACUAGCUGUGGUCUACACUUCAUCCCGCCUGCCGUGAACAACGCCCACGCCGAGCACUUCAGAAAUAGCCGCACGCCUGAAAGCUAUGAGCAUAUGCGUACUAUUGAACGGGUUGAUGACUUCUUUGACAAAGUCAAGCGCCGCGAGGUUGAUCCAUCGUCCUAUGCCGAAAUCGACCGCUUCCUGAUGCCUCUACGUGGAUCCCUCGCCGUUCCGAGCGCUUCCGCGACCACCCCGAACCGGCACACUCCUCAGCCAGCAAACCUAACUGUCGUUUGCGGGGAUACUAGCCCACGCCAGAACUCGCUGAGACAGUAA